ACUCCAGUCCAGUAGGUGGGGUUUUAUACUCGGUUAUACUCCAAUCCAGUAGGUGGCGUUUUAUACUCGGUUGAACUCCAGUCCAGUAGGUAGCAUUUUAUACUCGGUUAUACUCCAGUCCAGUAGGUGGCGUUUUAUACUCGGUUGUACUCCAGUCCAGUAGGUGGCAUUUUAUACUCGGUUAUACUCCAGUCCAGUAGGUGGCGUUUUAUACUCGGUUGUACUCCAGUCCAGUAGGUGGCGUUUUAUACUCGGUUAUUUUCCAGUCCAGUAGGUGGCGUUUUAUACUCGGUUAUGCUCCAGUCCAGUAGGUGGCGUUAAUGCACCUUUCCGCUUGAUAUCAACUGACUUUUCUGAAAGAGGAAGAGUUUCAUCAUGUCCGUGCGCCACAUUUGACUCAUAACAGAAUGGAAACUGCUAUUAUCAUCAUCAUCAGCAGCAUUACAAAUGUGUGAAAUUAAACAUAAAUGUCAGUAAUAAUGUGAAACCACAGAGUUAGCAAGAGCUUAUUAGCAAACAACAUAUGACUCGAGCUGUCUCACUAUGUUAUCAAGCUAAAGUUAACAACAACACGACUGGAGGCUAGAUCAGAUUGCAGACCUAGAGCCCUUCCUCAAAAGAGCAGAGAUUACUUUAACACCAAUGACAGCUUUGAGAUUUGCUUCAAUGAAAGCCUGGGGAUCAUGUUGCGUUGAGCAGAAAGUCAUCCUCGACAUUCAGCUUCAUGUGCUGUGCUGAGGAACGAUUCAGAAUGAGCGGUGCAAAUCAAAAGACUUUAUUUCAGACCUGGGGCUCAGCCGUUCCUAAGACAACCCUUCCGAGUAAAGACCCAGGGAAAAAGUUACCCCAGAGGCGUAGAGCAAUCACAAACAGCCUGGGAAAGGCGAAGAAAAAGGAACGCGACAAUGCAGCAGCGCCUUCACUUUGGGCUGAAGUCGGCCAAGGGACUGCAGUCCACCAGGCAUCAAGACAGGACCAGGACGAGGAGAUGGACGACGUUGACGACGAUCUGAUCCUUGUAGCUGUACACGAGGCUGAGAAAUGUCUGGAAAAGCAACCUGACUCAUCAGCUGACGCCACAAUCGAGGAUCCCGCAGACUUUUGCUCGGAUCUUCCGGGUUUUGACAGGUCGUCGGGACGGAUAUGGAUCUAUCCGACCAACUUCCCGAUCAGGGAUUAUCAGCUGAAGAUCUCUGAAGCAGCCCUGUUGCAAAACACGCUGGUGUGCUUGCCCACUGGCCUGGGUAAAACCUUCAUCGCGUCAGUGGUGAUGUAUAACUUCUACCGGUGGUAUCCUGCAGGGAAGAUAGUCUUCUUGGCCCCCACGAAGCCCCUCGUUGCUCAGCAGAUUGAAGCAUGUUACAGAGUGAUGGGUAUUCCUCAGCAGCACAUGGCUGAGCUGACGGGGAGCACUCCGGCUCCACAGAGGAGGGACCUGUGGCGAUCCAGGCAUGUUUUCUUCCUCACGCCACAGGUCAUGGUGAACGAUUUGUCUCGAAACACGUGUCCUGCUCCUCAGAUCAAGUGCGUGGUUAUUGACGAAGCUCACAAGGCGUCAGGGAAUCAUGCGUAUUGUCAGGUGGUGCGGGAAUUAUGGAACCAGACGAAACAGUUCCGCGUCCUGGCUCUCAGCGCUACACCUGGCGCAGACAUGAAGGCAGUACAGCAAGUCAUCUCCAACCUGCUGAUCUCUCAUAUCGAGCUGCGCUCAGAGGAGAGUCCAGACGUUCGGGUCCACACCCAUCAGCGCAGUGUGGACAAGAUUGUUGUCCCUUUAGGAGAGUCACUCACUGGAUACCAGUCUCGGUACUUACAGGUCUUGGAAAGGUUUACAUCUCGUCUGACCCAGAUGCGUGUGCUUAACCAGCGUGAUCUUCGCUCCCUCACAAAGUACCAGGUCAUUCUGGCACGAGAGCAAUUCAGACGCAACCCUCCACCACAACUCAUGGGAGCACAGCACGGGGCACUUGAGGGAGAUUUCGCUCUGUGUAUUAGCCUGUACCAUGGUUACGAGCUCCUGCAGCAGAUGGGCCUCAGAUCUCUCUUUCUUUUCACACAGAACAUUAUGUCAGGCUCUAAAGAGACUUCACGAGCCAGAAAUGAGCUGCAGCGCAGCCCCGUCUUCAUGGACCUGUACAGGGAAAUGGAGGCCAUGUUUCUCAGCACUCCCAAAGGGCCUGAGGAGCAGUAUUUCCACAGCCAUCCAAAACUUCAGAAACUGGACGAGGUGAUACAACAGCAUUUCAGUACAUGGGUGAAAAGUAGAGGCAGUGCUCCAGACUCUGGGGACAAAGCAGAGAGUACAAGAGUGAUGAUCUUCUCGUCAUUUCGCGAGAGUGUUCAAGAGAUCGCUGAAAUGCUUAACCGCCACCAUCCCCUUGUCAGGGUCAUGACCUUUAUGGGGCAAGCAUCAGCUGGGAAAGGGGUGCGAGGGUUCACUCAGAAGGAGCAGCUUGAGGUGGUGCGGCGGUUCCGAGAGGGCGGCUUUAACACCUUGGUCUCUACUUGUGUGGGUGAAGAGGGUCUCGACAUCGGAGAGGUAGACCUAAUCGUCUGCUUCGACGCUCAGAAAAGUCCCAUCCGUCUGGUGCAGCGAAUGGGCCGAACCGGGCGCCACAGGCAGGGGCGUAUAGUGGUUAUACUGGCUGAAGGACGAGAGGAGCGGAUCUAUAACCAGAGCCAGAGUAACAGGCGCAGCGUGAACAAAUGCAUCAUGGGAAGCAAGCAAAGCUUCUUCAUGUUCCCCCACAGCCCCCGCAUGCUGCCUGCUGGUGUCACUCCCACCCUGCAGAAGAUGCACAUUACAUGUGGCCAGUUCGAGGCCAAAGAGAUCAGCAAGCGUUCCAGCAACGGCCGACAGUCACUCAGCACGAGGAGAGCGUCUCUUCUCAGCCCUGACGCCCAAGUGGUUGGUGUGCAGGGGCGUGUGAAAGAGGAUGGCUUUCUCACCCCUGGUGAAGAGGAUGAGUGGUCAUCUACCAUGAAGUUGGGCGAGAAUGAAGCCCAGCCCAGACUCAAGCACUCCUCUUUCCUCUGCUUUAACGAAGAGCCGCAACAACUGGAUGAGUGUGUGGAGGGACCAGUGAGAGACUUGUCUCUUUGGGAAUGGAGACACUGGCAGAAUCAACAUCUUCCAACACACAGAGUGGACCACUCAAGCCGCUGCCUCCAUUUCACCGCCAUCAUGGAACUCAUUGACCAGAUGAGACAGGAGGAGGAGAGUGGCUGCAGAUAUGAAUCUGAGGUCAAAGCAUAUCUACAGAAGGAGGAUGUUGUUGGUUGUGAGGAGGAUGGCUCAGUAGCGAAACCUACAUGCGAAAAAAAACCUCGGCAGAAAAGAUCUAAACCUAGACUUGUUGGUCGAGAUGCCAGUCGUUCUGUCUCAAAAACUAACCUGGAUAAGAAGGACCAAGCAGGACCUCCUUCAUUGUUAAAAGACAAAGUGUUUUCCGAAUCGGACUGUGAUGCCACUAAAGAAGGUUUAAGUGUGUUUCAGUGUAACUAUGAUGACCUUGCAGCUGAUGAUAAUGCUGAUAAUGCCCUGCAGACUGAUGCAAAUGAGACUAAAAUCUCAAGGAAAGAUGACCAGCUACAUGGUUCUCCUGAACACACAAAGGACCUUAAGACAAGUCCUGAUGCUUCCAUCGAGCCUGCUGAGGAAAUGUUCUAUUUACCCAAAUGGGAUGUCUGUCAAAAAGUCUACAAUUUCAAUCGAUCUGCUGGAAGCUUGGAAAUUAUUCUAUCCAAUGUGAAAAAUCUUCUGUCUAGAGCGCCGCCGGAAUGUCUUGACCUACAUUGCUCAUUAAGCCUCAACAAACCUGUUCACUUUGAUGAAUCAGAUAAGAUCUGCAGUAGUCCGAUGGAAGAGGUUGAUCACUUCCAGGUCAAUUUUGACCUUGCCAAUCGUGAGAAUUCGUUAGACUCUGACUCUCUAGACUGUAACAUAGAAGGAGCCCCUCCUAAAUCUGUAACAUUGCCUAGUGAGACCGUUUCUGCUGGUCUGGAUAGUACUGCCAACAGUCCUAGCUGGGAUGAGGUUUUUGACGAUGUUGUGGACGAUAAGUCAGAUAAAACAGCUAAUCUACCUUUAGAGUCUAAAAUACAGCUCACUAGCUUAGAUGAAAGUGUUGACUUGUUUGGUGAUGAUGAGGCAUUCCUACAGAUAUCAUUACCAAACAUUGAGACUCCAAACAAAGACACUGUAAUUCCAAUCAAGAGACGGGACACUGACCAAAGGAAACAGGUCACACAAAAUGUAGGGGGUGCAUCAAAUAUUUUUAAUUCCGAAGGUUCUUCCAACAGCCCAGUAGUCUUAGGAAACAAACCACCAUCUGAGCACAGAUCUGAGCCUUUUAAUUAUUCUCAAGACAUUUUUUCUGUGAACUUUGACCUUGGGUUUUCCUUUGAUUCUGAAGAGGAGGAAACCGCAGAACCAGCCUCUGACAUGACCACAGAACUCACAGCUGAUAGAGAGCAGCCGUUCACCCCACUAACCCUGAACGAACCCAAUACAUCUUCCAACAACUUCACUCUUGGACAUAUGUCAACCCCCAGGGUGUGUCUAAUGGACAAAAAGCUCCCAUCUCUUAUAGCCAAGAGUAACCUGUCGCCCAUAAUCACUGAGCGAGAGAGUUUGGUAAGACCUGAUGCCUCGACCCCAAGUCCAUCAUUUGUGUCUCCAAAAAGCAGAGCUCUAGAACCCUUUCCUAAAGUAUUGAGCUCACAAGCACAGCCACGUGGAACAGGGAACAGAUUGUGUCGGAGGUCUCUGCUUGACGCAAGGAAACCUGUUUAUGAAGACCAUGCUUGUUCAGUAACAGUGAACAGUGAUAGUGAAGAGGAAUCAGUCAUUAGAAAACCUGGGCGUCAAGGCAGAGCCAAUCCCCUGGCAUCUCCAGAUCAAUCAAAAAUCAGUGACGUCGAGUCUCCUGUCCAGGCGCCUAGAAAGCGUGUCGCUCGACUGAAUAUGUCAGAGGAGAGUGGCGGGGAAGCCGCGUCAGACGAUGACUUUAAGCAAGACUCGUUUUUUCGGCCCAAAGUGUUUCAGCCUCGUAAAAAUUCACAUCCUCUUAAGGUGAAAUCUCAGAAUGCAGUGCACAGAGAUGUGAGGCAAUUUCUGGAUGAAGAGGCAGCGCUGUCUGAAGAAGGAGACUCGGUCUCUUCUGAUGAAUGUGAUGGAGAAGAACUGAACAAGUCUUUGGAAGGGUUUGUAGUGGACAACACUCAAUUCUCUCAAGGUCUUAAUGAUUCGGAGAUGCAUGGAAUUUAUCUGAAAUCUGUAAAAAGCCCUGCCAUUUCAAGCAAAUUUAGAAUGGCGCAUAGACCCGUGCAUAAUCUAAACAUCUUCUCACAGGUCCCUGAGCAGGACGAGAUGUAUGAGGAGGACAGUUUUGUGGUCGAUGGCAGUGAAGUCGAGGAAGACUUCAAUAGCGCUUCUGACGAUGAAGAGGAGGCCGAGAUCGAGAUUGUCCCUGAAGACUCCUUUGUAGAUGGGAGACGACAGUACACCACACGCCGCAGAGCUCGUCUCCGACAAACUAGGACUUCUGGAGAGACGAGAACCCUCCAAUCCAGAACAACCAAACGCUCCAGAAUUGUCCAAGUGGAGGAUUCGAGUGAAGAGGAAGAGGAGAAGGAUGAAAAGAAGAGGAAGAUGCUGUAUGCUAGGAAGGCACCCGUUUCAGAUACUGCACCUGGGACAGUUUUCAAUACAGCUUGUCCUCCGUCCCAUUCGCCCAAAUCAGAUCCUGCACGAGCAGGUGGAGAGAAGAGCAGGAAGGGUGCUGUGCCGCAGAAACAGGAGACGGACAGACAGAGGUUCAGUAACCAGGCCCUGCUGUCUGAAGAGCUGGACUUUCAGGAACCUCUGCCCAUCACUUGUGUUAAAACACAGGCAGCCUGUUGCAGUACUGCUUCUCUGACCGUGGCCAGUGGUUCUGUUGAUUAUGGUACGACGACCGAUACCACAAUCAACACCACCCCGUCUUGCGUGUGCGUGCUCGUGGACAGCCGUUGCAUCAGCGCUGGUGCGGACGUGGUGUCUUCCCUCCGACUAAAACACGGCGCAGCUGUGCACAUCUGCUCUCUGGUCAGCUGUGAUUUCAUCGUAAGUAAGCGGAUGGCUGUAGAGUGGCACAGCGAGUCGGAGUUGGCCAGUCUGCAGAGUCGCAAGCGGCUGCAAGAGAGGAUACAGAGCGUGCAGGGUUUAUUUGACCGGGUGUGCCUCCUGGUGGAGAAAGAGCGCACUAAACCGGGAGAGCCGCUGCGUUCGUUCCAGCGCAGCCGUUAUUAUGACAGCACCGUGGCUGCGCUGGUAAGAGCAGGGGUCAGACUUCUGUUUAGCACGGGUCCCGAUGACACCGCCAUGCUGUUGGCCCAACUGGCGCAGGUGGAGCAGAGGAAAGGCCAGGCCAUCAGCGUCCCUGUGGAGGUCAAAGGUCGUCGUCAGCAGGCGCUGCAGUUUUACCUCACGCUUCCGUGUAUGAGCUACGUCAACGCCCUUUACAUGUGCAAUAGAUUCUACUCCGUGGCACAUCUGGUCAACAGUUCUGUGGAUACACUGCAGGCGGGUAUACACGUGAGCCGCUCCAGAGCUGAGGAGAUUUACCGCUGUCUGCGCUACUCAUGCGACACCACACUGAUGAAAAGCAACACCUCAAAGACUAACCUUUAGACACAAUGUUUGUCCAUGCAUGCACAAGGGAUACACAUUAAUCUUACUUUGCACUUUAUACAUUCUGAACUAUUGCCUUUGUCAUAAAUACCUCAUUUUUAUAAAUAAGAUAUUUUGUUUCAUUUUGUUUCUCUCUCUCUCUCUCUCUCUCUCUCUCUCUCUCUCUCUCUCUCUCUAUAUAUAUAUAUAUAUAUAUAUAUAU